AUGUCUCUCUAUUCGUCGUACAUUCUCUAUCCCGGUGACUGGGUUGAAGUAGGCCACAAUCUGAAAAGCAAAGACGGUACGGUUGAGUUCGGUGUGCAGACCGAUGGCAGGCUCAUUCUCUCUCACUCGGGUCAAUGUGUAUUUCAGACCGAGCAGCGCAAUGACAUCAAGGGCCUUAAGAUGAAAAGGGAUGGCAACCUUUGUCUGUAUACCAAGCGUGGCAAGCCCAUCUGGCAGACUGACACCGCUUAUCCUAUUGGGGACCACAGCGUGUGCUGCUUCGUGCAGGAUGAUGGUAACGUCGUACUCUACAGGGGUGAAAACGCCAUUUGGUCUUCCCGCACCCCAAGAGAUCCUGGCCAUGUUUGCUCUGGGAGUUGCAGGCCAUAG